CAACCCCACCAAUAAUGAUUGGCCAACGUGUUGACCGGUGUUGACGGUGGCAAUGUGUUAAAAUAUGGCGAAGUGUGAGAAUCUGUGGAAGUUAUUGGUUAUAUUUGUUGGGAUUAUUUCUGUUGUAAAUGCUGGGGGAGAAACGUUAGUGCUGCUUGAUAAUCUUGCAAUUAAGGAAACACAUUCGAUGUUCUUUAAGUCUUUGCAAGAAAGGAACUAUUCACUUACUUUUAAAUCAGCUGAUGAUGCAAAUCUUGUCCUCUCAAAAUAUGGUGAAUUUUUAUAUGAGCACCUAAUUAUUUUUGCACCUUCAGUUGAGGAAUUUGGUGGCUCACUUAGUGUUGAAACCAUAACAGAAUUUAUUGAUGGUGGAGGCAAUGUUCUUGUUGCUGGAAGCUCUAAUUCUGGAGAUGUUCUACGAGAACUGGCAUCUGAGGUUGGUUUUGAGGUAGAUGAGGAAGGAGCAUCUGUCAUAGAUCAUCUCAAUUAUGAUGUCAAUGAUCUAGGCAAGCAUACCCUUAUAGUGGCUGAACCUUCAAACCUAAUUGAGGCAGCAGUGAUUACUGGUACCCAUGAUGUGCCACCACUUCUAUACCAGGGCACAGGACUAGUGGCUGAUAGAGACAACCCAUUGGUACUUCAAAUAUUGUCUGCACACAGCUCUGCCUACUCAUAUGUUCCUGAUGAACCCAUCAAGGAGUAUCCACAUGCUGUGGGUCGUAAUACACUACUGAUUGCUGCUCUGCAAGCCAGGAACAAUGCACGUGUCGUCUUCUCUGGUUCGCUGUACUUCUUUUCUGAUGAAGCUUUUACAUCUCCUGUUCAAAAAGUACUGGGUGGGAAAAAGUAUGAUGUGUCAGGCAAUCAGCAAGUGGCUAUUGCCCUCAGCCAGUGGGUGUUCAAGGAACAUGGAGUGUUACGAGUGAAGUCUGUUUCCCAUCACCGUCCUGGAGAGACCAGCCCACCACAAGCUUAUACUAUAAUGGAGACAGUUGUAUACACAAUUGAGAUAGAGAAGCUGCAGAGAGGGACUUGGGUUCCAUAUGAUGCAGACGAUGUACAGCUUGAAUUUGUUCGUAUUGAUCCAUUUGUGCGCAUGACACUCAAGAGAAAGCAAGGUGGUAAAUAUGAAGCACGAUUCAAGAUACCAGAUGUGUAUGGCGUGUACCAGUUCAAGGUGGACUACAAUCGUGUUGGAUACACGCACCUCUUUAGUACCACACAGGUUUCUGUACGACCACUACAACAUACAGAAUAUGAGCGUUUCAUUCCAAGUGCAUAUCCAUAUUAUGUGAGUGCAUUCAGCAUGAUGGCCGGUGUGUUCUUGUUCAGCAUUGUGUUCCUGCACUAUAAAGAGAACACAAAAAGUAAAAGUGAAUAAUAGUACUUGUCCAGUACAUUGUAAAACAAUAAGUGAUACUGCCAGCCCAUGUUAAAUAAAAUUUCAUGUCACUGUGGUGCAGAGCAUGUUUGUUUGAAGCUCUGCAAGCGUUACUGUCUGUACUGUUAUUUCAUAUAGUGAUGCCUGGUUGUACUUGAACAGCAUAGUGUUACUUUGCAACAUAGGAACAACAGCAGCAUUUCCCCAUUAAGUCACUUUAUUGCACAAGUUGUUUAAUGAUGGCUGUUAUUUCUUAUUCUGUUCAUAGAGUUUAUUUAUAUUUUAGUUUCUUCACUUUCUUUAAGUUUGGAAUAUCUCUAUAAAAGACAGAGUAAAUCUGAAAGUAAAGUAAUCUACUUGGUAAUGUAUCAGAGUCUUAAUGUGAAUUCUGUUCUUGGAUUUUACACCAUGUGGAUGUGGCUGAUGAUGCCAGCCAGUGUUUUGAAGGCAAAUGCUGCCACCAUCUUGAAUUUCAAAGUGUGUGAAGUGGGUGAGUUUCUGUGUAUAGGAAUCUGUUUUUAAUAAAAUCAGGAGGGGGAUGGGAUGCCUUGUCUGGCCAAUAAACCAGUAAUGUUGUGCCUCCAGCCCUUCUAAGGUCCAUGGAGAGUGCUUCAGCCCAAAGGAAGGCCAAGGGAGACAGGCAAAGGGCUGAAAGCUGUGAACUCAGCGUUUAUACCAUGUAUGUAGAACCUACCCAACCACAUCAGCGGAAUAUUGUGAUGGUACAUCACCACCAUAUAUUUUCACCACACACACACACACACACACACACACACACUUCUCAGACCAUUCAAGGACAGCCUUGGAUUUAAGAACUCUAGAAAGCUACCAGAUGUCAUAUAAAUGUGAGACUGUCAAUGUUGGAGAGAUGGGCCUCACAAUUGAAGAAUGCAAGAAGGAGCACCAGAGGGUUCUCUGUCUGUACCAUCUGGAACACUUGGCAGCAUCAGACCAUUCUGUCAACAGGGGGCACUGGAUAUUCUCUGAGGGUGCUGUGGCAUUAGCCAAGUUGCUCCACUACACACUAGAUUUAUCCAGAAAGCUGUAGAAAUCAACCUGCAUGGCAACUUUAAUAGAGAAGAUGGCUACCACUUAAGCCCAACUUGUUUCUUCCUUUGUAUCUUCACUGAAAACUACCCUUCACCCAUGGUGAUCUCAAGCCUACUCAACCCACAGCAUAGGAGGUUUUAAUAGUUUUUUAGUGUGGAUGAUGAGUGGGGUGGGAUGUGAGGUUUGAUAGUAUCUGUCACCACGUGUUGGACUUGUAUUGUGCUAGUUCUUUACUAAUUCUACUUUAAUAGUGCCAACUAUAGUGAUUCUUUAAUGGUGAGCUUGUGCUGCUAUAUCUUUGACUUCCUUCCGUUUUCAUUGGUGUUAAACUAUGGGUCAGGAAGGUAGAAAGAAUAGUGUGGGCACCAGUAAUCACUAGAGUAAAAUGAUUACAGAUUUAUAGGAUACAGACAGGGGUGACUAGCUCCAGUAGGUGUCAGGGUAAAGCCUAACCCCCUUCUCUUGGUUUGUAUCAGUCCUCGCUCUGGCAGGGUGUAUGUAACCUUAUUGUUGCAGUCACACUCACUCCAGUGAUACCUUGGAUAUACUGUACUAUGACUUAUUAAUGUUCUGAUGAUGAAUUACACUCUGAUUACUCUCUUGUAAAUAUUUAUUACACUUCCAAUUUCACACUGAUAACUCACUUUCCAGAAAUUUUGCACUUCACAAGUUACACUUUUACACUUCAUUUCUUUUGCCAAUAAUUGCACAGUAGACUUGAAUGAUUUACAGUUUUUCUCCAGUGGAGCUCAGAAUCUUGUGUCUGAAUGCUUUGAAAGUCAGGACCACAGUUUUUUUUUUUAACUGAGAUGCUCUGACACAAUGGGCUGACAGCUCUCAGCUUCCCUCAGGGAGCCUCACCUUAUACUUUUCUUAUUGGCCUAGAUCAAAACUUAUGAAGUCUCAGAUAAUUAGCAUCUUCCAGUCAGAAAAAGUUGCCAUGUGAAUUUAGCUCUUAAAACCCACAAUGCCCCUUUGACAGGCCUCUUAUUGAUGUUAGCUAAAGCUUGGGUCCAUGGUCCUCCUACUUUAAAUUUAUUGCCAGACUUUUCUGUCAAAUAUCAGAUUUUGAAAGCAAUGCUGUAGUGUUGAAACUAACUAGAUUUCCAGGAAAAUGCAGAAGUUUGUAUCAUGUUUGCAUGGCAAGAAUGGGCUUAAGUCUCAUUGUAAAUGUAAGAAUGUAGUUUAAAUCUUGCAACUUGUGUCUAAAUACAAUGCUUGUUAAUAAGUAAGCUCCUUAUUCUUAGUGAGCGGUUGCAGGUUGAAGCAACAUUAUGCUUGGUGAGCAUUAGGAUGUGUGACCAGUUGGGAAUAUUAGUUGCCAGGUUUUUGUGUGUGUGUGUGUGUGCGUGCGUGCGUGCGUGCGCAUGUUCGGUGGCAAUUCAAAUGGCCAGUUACACAGUUUUCGUGGUUCACUGUCCUUAGUGGCCCAAGUGAGGCACUAACCUGCUCCACCCUCCUUCCCAAGUUGUGUUUUGAAAAUAUGAUCCUGUAUAUACACAGCAACUCUCCUACUUUACACCCUUCAACCCCAAAGAUGGAGGGAGCAGGUACCCCAAAAAUGCUGGCAACCUCACCUACAUCCACAUGGUGUAACAACCCAAGAAUGGAAUUAGCUUCAACAGUUAAUCGCUGUUGAAGCCUAAAAUCAGUAAUAUAUCAAAAUGAAAGUAUAUUCUUACUACAGUGUGGCCAAAAGUUCAGUUAACUUAGUAGUAAAAUGUGCAUUAAAAUGCAUUAAGUAUUUCUUUAUUACUUACUGACUUACAAAAAUUGCUCAAAGUGAGAUCCUCCUCCUUCAGUGUACAACUCAGAAUGCUGCAAUACUGUUCUACAAAUUGAGUGGCUGGUUUAAAUCUGAGCAUUCCCAUCAAUAUGAGAGAAUGUUGUAGGUUAACUCUCUUUUGGGCCACUCUGUAUAUAGAGCAUUAUCACCCAGUCCAUUAGUCUCUUGCCUGCAGGAUGAGAGGAGAGUAUAUUGAUUUGUGAUAUACUCUUAAUCAUUGUUAUUAGCGUGAAAUAACUUGAUCCUUGAGUUACGAAUGCUUUAUGUUCCAAAUCCCCGUUCAUAUGUCAUGUCCUUAAGUUGAAACACUUGAAAUAACCAAGAAAUCAUAGAGCAACAGUUGGCUGUAAGCAAUCCCACACUGCUAUUGAGUGAGCAACUGAUGGUAGCAACCACAUCCCGUAAUACUAGUUAGUGAGCUGUUCUCCUGUGAAAGUC